AAUGUUUUAUUUUAAAAAUUCAUCAUAAAUCCCUCGAAUUCUGGUCUUCUCCUAUCUCUGGAUCUAUGGUUUUGACUGUCCACUCUCUCUCUAUUUCUCGUCUUCUUCACUGUCAUGGUUUAGCAGAACUCCUCUGGUUUUGAGAGUUUUAGGGUUCCUCAAUUUUUCCCUCUCUUGAUAUUCAAAGAUCUUUUUUUUCUUCAAUCAUUCCAGUGAUCUCUGAGAUCACUUCGAUUUGAAUCAAUCAUGGCAAAAUUAAAGGUCAGAACUUUGAAGAGAAGAUGCAACAAAACCAAGUGAAGAAGGACACGAAAGAGAUGGACUUUUUCCUAUAGUACGGCAACGCAAACCGAUACAGGAUCCUCAGAAUCAUCGGCAAAAGAAACUAUGAAAUCGUGUGUGCAGCUGUUGACAUGCACACGGGAGAGAAAGUCGCGAUCAAGAAGAUAAACAACGUCUUCGAACACAUCUCCGACGCGCUUCGUAUGCUCCGCGAGGUCGCUGCUAUGGUAUAUGUCCUGGAGGAUUACGCAAGUUUGACCCCUUAUGAAAGAAGAAGAUAAUGGCCUUAGAAUCUCACUCUCAGAUUUUAGUGGAAGAGAAACCUAGUGUUAGAAUCUUGACACUAAACAGACCAAAGCAGCUGAAUGCUCUGUCUUUGAACAUGGUCACUCGGUUGCUGCAACUGUUUCUUGCAUAUGAGGUGGACCCUACUGUCAAACUUGUCAUCCUAAAGGGUCAGGGAAGAGCUUUUUGUGCCGGUGGUGAUGUUUCAGCUGUUGUUCGUGACAUCGGACUAGGCAAAUGGAGACGCAGUGCUGAUUUCAUGUCACUUGAAUAUACUCUCAACUACGUUAUGGCCACUUAUUGUAAAGCUCAGAUUUCAAUUUUAAAUGGUAUUGUCAUGGGAGGUGGAGCUGGUGUCUGCGUCCACGGUCGAUUUCGUAUUGCAACAGAGAACACGGUUUUUGCCAUGCCUGAGACAGCUCUAGGGCUAUUUCCAGAUGUAGGCGCCUCCUACUUAUUGUCAAGGCUCUCUGGAUUUUUUGGAGAGUAUGUUGGCCUCACAGGAGCUAGGUUAAAUGGUGCCGAAAUGCUUGCUUGUGGUCUUGCAACUCAUUUUGUGCCUUCAACGAGGUUAACUGCUUUACAAGCAGAUCUUUGCAAAGUUGGCUCAAGUGAUCCAGUUACCUUUGCCUCAACAAUUCUCGAUGCUUACACUCAACAUCCACAUCCGGAACGUCAGAGUGCUUUCUAUAGGUUAGAUGUUAUUGAUAAGUGCUUCUCCAGAAGAACAAUCGAAGAAAUUAUGUCUGCACUUGAGAGAGAGGCCACUCACAAACCAGAUGAUUGGAUCUCAGCUACCGUUGAAGCAUUGAAGAAAGCUUCACCAGCAAGCCUUAAAAUCACUCUUAGAUCGGUUCGUUCCCAAGAUGCAUCACAAGCAUGUAAUGAUGUGAAAGAUAAGUUGACUUUGAUUGUGUUGUAUAAAUUUCAGAUAAGAGAAGGACGACUGCAAGGUGUGGGGCAGUGUCUUAUCCGUGAGAAUAGAAUGGUGUCUCAUGUGAUGAAGGGAGAAAUAAGCAAAGAUUUUGUGGAGGGGUGUAGAGCAAUAUUGAUAGACAAAGAUAGGAAUCCAAAGUGGGAGCCAAGGAGACUGGAGGAUAUGAAGGAUAUCAUGGUAGAUAAGUACUUCAAGAGAGUGGAAGAAGAGGAUGGAUGGGAGGAUCUAAAGCUUCCUCCUAGGAAACACUUGCCUGCUUCAGCGAUCGCAAAGCUGUAAAGUUGACAAGGUUAUGGAGCUCAUCUUGCAUUGCGUGGAGGGAAGCAACCCUCCAAAUCCUUAAUUACUUCUAUGCUGCUAGCCAUGCUUGACACCCAAUAUACAAAUGCCUAUAUAUUGACUCAUCCAAUUCCAAAUGUCAUCGGUUUCGUAUU